AUGUGUCCAGAUCUCCUGAAGGAUCCAGUGACCAUUCCCUGUGGACACAGUUACUGUAAGAGCUGUAUUACAGACUGCUGGGAUCAGGAGGAUCAGACGAGAGUCUACAGCUGUCCUCAGUGUAGACAGACCUUCAGUUCAAGACCUGCUUUAUCUAGAAACACCAUGCUGGCUGAUCUGGUGGAGAAACUGAAGAAGACCAAACGACCUGCUGACCGUUACUCUGGUGCUGGAGAUAAGAAGUGUGAUGUCUGUACUGGAAAAAAAUACAAAGCCAUCAAGUCCUGUCUGAUGUGUCUGAACUCUUACUGUCUGAAUCACCUCGAACAACAUGAGAAUUGGUUUAAAGGAAAGAAACACAGUUUGAUUGAAGCCACUGGACGACUGCAGGAGAUGAUCUGCCAGAAACAUGAGAAGAUCCUUGAGGUUUUCUGCCGCACUGACCAGAAAUGUAUAUGUAUGCUGUGUAUGGAUGAACAUAAAAACCACGACAUUGUAUCAGUUGGAGAACAGAGGACAGAGAAUCAGCACCAACUGAAGGAGACACAGAAGACGUUCCAGCACAGAAUCCAGCAGAGAGAGAAAGAUCUCCAGCAGCUGAGAGAGACUGUGGAGUCUCAUAAGCGCUCUGCACAGACAGCAGUGGAGGACAGUGAGAGGAUCUUUACUGAGCUCAUCCGCUCUGGUAUGAGAAGCCAUUCUGAGCUGAUACGACUGAUCAGAGAUCAGGAAAAGACUACAGUGAGUCGAGCUGAAGGACGACUGGAGCGACUGGAGCAGGAGAUCAAUGAUCUGAGGAGGAGAGACGCUGAGCUGGAGCAGCUUUCACACACACAGGAUCACAUCCAGUUCCUGCAGAGUUUCCAGUCUCUCACAGCAUCUCCUAAAUCUACAGACAGAAAUGAUGACCCCUACAUUUCUCUCUUCUCUUCUGAUGGUCUGAGAGAAUCUGUCCAUCAGCUGAGCGACAAACUGGAGGAUUUCUGCAAAGAGAAGAUCAAGAAGAUCUCAGACAGAGGUAAAAUCCCGGAGAUUCGGAAAAGGAACGACUUUCUACGAUAUUCUCAUCAGCUCACUCUGGAUCCAAACACUGUGAAUAAAUACCUCCAUCUGUCUGAGAGAAACAAAGUGAUUGCUGCGACUAAAACAGUCCAGUCAUAUCCUGAUCAUCCAGACAGAUUUGAUGUGUAUCCUCAGCUGUUGUGUAGAGAAAGUGUGUCUGGACGCUGUUACUGGGAGAUUGAGUGGAGUGGAAAUAAUGGUGUGCGUAUAUCAGUGUCAUAUCAGAGCAUCAGCAGGAAAGGAGAUGCUGAGUGUUUGUUUGGAUUUAAUGACCAGUCCUGGAGUUUGAUCUGCUUUCCCUCCAGUUUCUCUUUCAGACACAAUAAAAUAGAGACGGUUCUCCCUGUGAUUCCCAUCAGCAGUAGAAUAGGAGUGUUUGUGGAUCUCAGUGCAGGAACUCUGUCCUUCUACAGCGUCUCUGACACAAUGAGCCUCAUCCACACAGUCCAGACCACAUUCACUCAGCCGCUCUAUCCUGGGUUUUGGGUUAAUAAUGAAUCAUCAGUGAAACUGUGUUGAUAA